AUGUCGUUUUCUCUGACCGGAUGGCGUUUGUAUAGAGGAAGUUUUGUUUUCCGAGUUUUCCGUCCGUUUCGACUGACUGAGUGUCCCGUAUAUAUACUUAGAAGGACAAAGUUACACAAAUGAUACAACUAUAAACUGCAUUAUCGGUAACUGCACAAGUGUUCAUCGGUAAAAUAUAAGUACGGACUGUCUGGGGCGGUGCAACUCAACACUUCAGAGUAACCAGAGAGCACCUACUGCUAAGCUAACGUUUCCUAGCAAGUCAGCGCGGCUAGCGUUAGGUUUAGUCUCCGUUGUGUUGAAGGGGCUCUCCGAGCUAACGAAGCCAUGGGGAACCGGGGCAUGGAAGACCUGAUUCCCCUCAUCAACAAGCUUCAAGACGCUUUCAGCUCCAUUGGCCAGAGUUGCAAUUUGGAUCUUCCUCAGAUCGCGGUGGUCGGCGGACAGAGCGCUGGGAAAAGCUCGGUCUUAGAAAAUUUUGUUGGCAGGGACUUUCUUCCACGUGGAUCAGGCAUUGUCACCCGCAGACCUCUGAUUUUGCAGCUGGUGAACAAUAAAGCAGAAUAUGCCGAAUUUCUACACUGCAAAGGAAAGAAAUUUGUGGAUUUUGAUGAGGUGCGGUCUGAAAUCGAAGCGGAGACCGACAGGAUAACAGGCUCCAACAAAGGCAUCUCUCCCAUCCCAAUAAACCUGAGAGUCUACUCCCCAAAUGUGCUGAACCUGACCUUGAUUGACCUCCCGGGAAUGACUAAAGUCGCUGUUGGAGAUCAGCCACAAGACAUUGAGCACCAGAUCAGGGACAUGUUGCUGCAGUUCAUCACCAAGGAAAGCUGUCUGAUCUUGGCCGUCACCCCUGCCAACACUGACCUGGCCAACUCGGAUGCUCUGAAGAUUGCCAAGGAGGUGGACCCGCAGGGUCUGCGUACAAUUGGUGUGAUAACAAAACUGGACCUGAUGGAUGAAGGGACGGAUGCAAAGGAUAUCCUCGAAAAUAAACUGCUGCCACUGCGUAGAGGCUACAUCGGUGUGGUGAACCGCAGUCAGAAAGACAUCGAUGGCAAAAAGGACAUUCGCGCUGCCCUGGGUGCAGAGAGGAAGUUCUUCCUGUCCCACCCUGCUUACAGACACAUGGCAGAACGCAUGGGUACCCCACAUCUACAAAAGGCACUCAACCAGCAACUGACCAACCACAUUAGAGACACCUUGCCAGGACUGCGCAGCAAGCUGCAGAGUCAGCUCCUCUCGCUGGAAAAAGAAGUGGAAGAGUAUAAGAACUUCCGUCCAGAUGACCCAACCCGCAAAACCAAAGCCUUAUUGCAGAUGGUGCAGCAGUUCGGUGUGGACUUUGAGAAGCGCAUCGAGGGCUCCGGGGAUCAGGUGGACACCAAUGAGCUUUCAGGCGGCGCCAAGAUAAAUCGAAUCUUCCACGAACGCUUUCCCUUCGAGCUGGUUAAGAUUGUUUUUGAUGAGAAGGAGCUCAGGCGAGAAAUCAGUCACGCAAUCAAGAAUGUCCACGGUGUCAGAACAGGGCUCUUCACCCCUGACCUGGCCUUCGAGGCGAUAGUAAAAAAGCAGAUUCUCAAACUCAAAGAGCCCAGCCUCAAGUGUGUGGACCUUGUGGUGUCUGAGCUCACAGCACUCGUCAUGAAGUGUGCAGUUAAGCUCAAUUCUUACCCCAGACUGAGAGAGGAGACUGAGAGGAUUGUCACCACCCAUGUCAGAGAAAGAGAAGGGAAGACCAAAGACCAGGUUCUGCUCCUGAUUGACAUUGAGCUGUCCUACAUCAACACCAACCAUGAGGACUUCAUAGGGUUUGCUAAUCUUGACUACAGAAGGCUGGAUGACGGUAGCCCCCCAGGGUACGGCAACAACAGUGCCCAGCAGAGGAGCACGGCUGUAAACAAGAAGAGGGCCGUGCCCAACCAGGGUGAGAUUCUGGUGAUCAGAAAAGGCUGGUUAACCCUCAACAUCAGCAUCAUGAAAGGCGGCUCCAAGGAGUAUUGGUUUGUUCUGACUGCUGAGUCCCUGUCCUGGUACAAAGAUGAAGAGGAAAAAGAAAAGAAGUAUAUGCUGCCGCUGGAUAACCUUAAGAUCAGAGAUGUGGAGAAGGGCUUCAUGUCCACAAAGCACACCUUUGCAAUAUUCAACACUGAGCAAAGGAACGUGUACAAGGAUCUUCGCCAAAUAGAACUGGCCUGUGAAUCUCAAGACGAUGUGGACAGUUGGAAAGCAUCCUUCCUCAGGGCGGGCGUUUAUCCAGAGAAAGACCAGGUUGAGAAUGAAGAGGCCGCCCCCGCCGACACCUUUUCUAUGGACCCUCAGUUGGAGCGACAGGUGGAAACCAUUCGCAACCUGGUAGACUCAUAUAUUGGCAUCAUCAACAAAUCCAUCAGAGACCUUGUUCCCAAGACCAUCAUGCACCUCAUGAUCAACAGUUCAAAGGAUUUCAUCCACUCUGAGCUGCUGGCCUACCUCUACUCAUCUGGAGACCAGAAUAGCCUCAUGGAGGAGUCAGCUGAUCAAGCUCAGCGCAGGGACGAGAUGCUGCGCAUGUAUCAUGCACUCAAGGAGGCACUGACCAUUAUUGGGGACAUAAGCACCAACACCAUCUCAACCCCCGUACCCCCACCUGUAAAUGAUUCCUGGAUCCCAGAAGUCAGCCCUACGCCUCAGCGCAGGCCGGCCCCAGCAUCCACCGCGCCGCCCACCCGUCCGCCGGCUGUUCGGGGCCCGACACCAGGACCACCUAUGAACCCUUCCCCUGCCUUUGGGGCCCCUCUCAACCCAUCUCCCGCAUUUGGUGCACCACCAAUCCCAUCUCGUCCAGGCCCGCCCACAAACGCCUUCAACAACUUCCAGGAUCCUUUCAGUGCACCCCCACAGAUCCCCUCCCGGCCCAACCGCAUUCCACCAGGUGUUCCCAGCCGAAGACCCCCCGGUGCUCCUUCUCACCGACCCACCAUUAUCCGCCCUGCUGAGCCCUCUCUGCUAGACUAGACACGUGGCCGAGCCCACCUAAUAGUUUUUGUUUGUGUGUCUGGGUGUGUGGCGGGGGCUCGAGGGGAGGGGGCCCACUGAUUAACCUGCAAAAUGAGCAUCGACCAGCCAUAUUAUUGCAUCUAUUCAAAUAAGGUUAAUAAGCUGCUAAUAUUGUCUUAAUCAGUGCACAUGAAAGAAAGACAACCCAUAACUGCUUAAAUAUUAAUAUCUGGCUGCUGUGGAAAUUGUGUAAUGUAAAGCAUCAUCUGUGGGAUACAUUAGCUUCUAUCAAUAGAAGACCUGUAUCAAAUUCAGAUUUGAGCUUUUUAAUUAUAUUAACCAAUUUAUUUCCAUUGACAGUGUUCCCAGCAGAAGCUCAUUUAAAAACCUCGGCUGGUACCCUCUCCCCUCCCUUCACCUUUUCUAGAUUGGCCCCGAGGCCCACGUCUAGAUCUGUGUAAUAUACAGACCUAACCCGUUAAUGUUAUUCUGGGUUUUCAUUUCCUAACUGAUUUCAUACUGGAAAAAUAGGUAAAAUGAUCACUGUUUUUCUUUUGGUGGUGUCAAUGACAUUUUUUCUUUGUUAUUUUAUUUGAGCGACUUUGUCCUUUUUAAACUACCAUAUGUAGCUUUAAAUCCUAAUUGCAGCAAAUAUAAAGUACGAGAGGACACAGGUUAGGGUCGUGUGACAGGAAGAGAGGAUGCUUCCAUUCCCUUUUUGUGAAUCCUUCCAUAGUUGAACCACAUUGGCCAGAUUGACCAUUAGAAUCUCAGCACGUCUGACCAUCUAUCCUUAAAGUGAAGCACUCAUAACAAGGGUGCUGUGGUCCUUUACUGAACACUAUUCACAAAAACAUAGGGAUGGAGGGAGACGGGCUGAGGCGCUGCACACCGUAGCAAGCCUCCUUUAUUAUAAUAAUAAUAUUAAUAAUAAUAAUAUAAUAAGUGGUUCAUACCUCAAAUUUGAAUCCCAUCGGCCUCACCUGAACUUGAACAAAACUUUGAGUACACUUUAAUUCCUGGAUUUGCUGAAUCAUAUCAAACACAGCACAUGGCACAGGUUCCUCUCCAAGAGCAUGAAGCUCGGUGAUGAGCUGGGGUGUGUAGAUUAGGAUGAAUCGUAUAAAGGUGGUACUAAGCACUGAGGGGUGGGCACAUCUCCUUCUGAGUUUAGUUGUGAAGGACAUUUAUUAUUGCUACUAUUUCUGCAUUCAUGCAUUCAGCGGAUUGUUGUACAUAGGUGGCUUAAACUGGGGAGUUGGCGCUUGUCUCCUUUUAAAUGCAGGGUUAAUAAAUAAACAUGUUUAUGAUUAAAAUCAGUAAUCCAGCAUGUUAGAAAACUUUAUGGGGUGAGAUUAAAAGACGCUCUUAACACAUUUAUGAAUUAUUUAUAACUGGGCAUUUGUUGUGGGGGGUGGGGGUUGUUGCAUUUUUAUAGCUUUUCUAAGUCACCCACCAUCCCCCAGUGUUAACAAUAAACAACACACAGCUGUGAUCUCUUCUGAUGGCUCUUUGACCAUUUAAAAUCAAGGUUUCUUGACUGUUUGUAGGUGUUUCAGGGGCAACCAGUCUAGCAGGGUGUCAAACAUUUGGUUACUUGAAUGUUUUGUGCGUUUUUUUUUUUUUUUUUUUUUUUUUUUGGUUUGAUCAGUAGAGGUGUUGAGCUGGUGGUGGGCGCGUGUGAGAAAGCACAUCCUGUCUUCAGAAGCUGCGCAGCCGUCGCUCUGCGCUCACCACACAGGAUAGGAAAGUAAUUGGCCGGGCUGACAAGACAAAGAGAUCGAGUUUUGAAUUCUUUAUAAACCACACAGUCUUGAGACAGAACAUGCUUUUUCCUCCCCUGCCCCUGUCUACGGGCCGGGCUCUCAGUGACGGCGCCACAAAGGCGAGAAGGUUCUUAAAAAGACAGAGUAUGUGGAUUCACAACCAUUCACUUUAAAUCUUUGUGUCACUGUUACACACGUUUGCUUGAUGGAACUGACAUUUUUGAGCCUCUUCACGAAAGAGGCGCAGACUGUAAAUGCCCUGUAAUACAUUAGCUUAGACAACACUGCCUCUCUCUAAUUGUUGUACCCUCCCUCUUUCCUCUUUCCCCUCUUCUGUCUGGAUUUUGGUGGGAAGGCAACCCUCAAAUAUCUUUUUGUUUUACAAACCCCUUGUCAAGUGCCUCUGUAGCAAUUCAUUGAUUUUUGAAUAAACAAAAUGAGCUGAUUUAGAACGCAGAAUAAAUAAAGAGGUGUUGUGUACAAUAAAGGGACUCUCUCUGGUG